UUUCUCCAUUUGAUGCCUCUGUUGGAUUCAACCCCUAGCUCAUUUCUCCUCUCAGGUAUGCCUGAUCAGUUGAUUCACCUUUCCUUUUUCUCCUCCUAUAGUUGACACCGGAAACUACGAAUCCUAUUACCGUCUAGCGGCAUCAGGACCUCUCUAUCUCCCUCAUGAGUGAAUCCCCGACGAGCGAUCAUGACCAGAUGCAGCGCGAGGCUGACGUCGUUGCACGGCAUCUCCCCGAAGGCUAUUCGGCCGGCAUUGAUGCCAUCAAUGACAAUGACCAUCCAUCUUCCUCUGCUCCUCAACUUUUCCAGCCUAACGGGGAAUCCUCCCUUAAACUGCUAGGUGGUGAUGUCCACCGUGCCCUAUUCAAGAUCAAGGACCGGCCCAAACUCCACCAGCGGUCGGCCACCUUUGCUCAUCCCAGUCCUCGAACCCCCCAGACUUUCCCGGUCCCCGAAAACACCAUCAGUGCAACCGAGCAAUUGCAACCUGGUGGGUUUCGACGGGAGUUUGUUCUACAACGCCAAGAUACCGGGCUGCAGGAAUUCACCCAGAUUACAAAGAGCUUCGUGUCCUUCCUAGAACUUUUUGGCAGUUUCGCCGGCGAAGACCUGGCUGAAUCCGAAGAAGAAUAUGCUAUCGAAGAUGAAGAGGCGGUUGAGGAAGGAGAAACGAGGCCUUUACUCGGCCGGCGGAAGCUCUCGCGCCGGGUUUCCAGAGUGGGCGAUGCCGGAAUGGUGAAGUCGUUCUUCACGCUUUUGAAAGCCUUCAUUGGCACUGGUAUCCUAUUUCUCCCCAAGGCGUUCAAAAAUGGUGGGAUACUGUUCUCAUCGAUCACUUUGGUCGCGGUAUCGGUGGUCUCCUGUAUCUGCUUCCGCUUGCUUCUCCAUUGCCGGAAACAGGUCGGGGGAGGCUAUGGGGACAUCGGGGAAGCCAUUGCCGGAUCGAAGUUUCGCACCCUCAUCCUAGGAUCCAUCUUCCUUUCACAGAUUGGUUUCGUCUGCGCGGGCAUCAUAUUCACGGCCGAAAAUGUCGAUUCAUUCCUCCGAGCGGUCCUGAAGGGCAAUAAUCCGAUGUCGACCAAUGCUCUGAUAGGGUACCAGCUCAUUCUCCUGAUCCCUCUUACUCUGAUCCGGAAUAUCUCCAAGCUCGGACCUGCUGCACUUCUUGCGGACGUGUGCAUCCUAAUUGGACUGGUCUAUAUCUGGUGGUUUGACAUCUCCACUUUGUCAACCCAAGGAUUCCAUCCAUCAGUGGAGCUGUUCAACCCGAGUAGCUUCACCCUCACGAUUGGAUCCGCGAUUUUCACAUUCGAAGGAAUCGGCCUCAUUUUGCCUAUCCAGUCAUCCAUGGCUGAGCCGCAGAAGUUCGACCGGCUUCUAUACCUAGUCAUGGGGAUCAUCACAGUCAUAUUCACAUCAGUGGGCUUCUUAUGCUACGCCACCUUUGGCGAGAACACACGAGUGGAAGUCAUCAGCAACUUUCCUCAGGACAACAAACUUGUGAACGCCGUCCAAUUUCUUUAUUCGCUUGCUGUCCUCGUAGGAACCCCCGUGCAACUCUUUCCCGCUGUCCGUAUCAUCGAGACCUCGCUCUUUGGGUCACGUUCCGGGAAACAAAACAUUUGGACCAAAUGGAGAAAGAAUGCAUUUCGAACGGUCCUGACUAUUGCUUGUGGCCUGAUUUCCAUCGUAGGCGCAAAGGAUUUAGACAGAUUUGUUGCCCUGAUUGGCUCAUUUGCGUGCGUACCUUUGGUCUACAUAUAUCCCCCAUUCUUACAUCUUCGGGGCGUCGCGGACUCGAGGGCCUCGAAAGCAUUUGAUCUUGCUCUCAUGGCGGUCGGAAUGGUAGCCAUGGUGUACACCACCUGUAUUACUAUUUUCCAGUGGUUUAAGGCUUGAAGAUCCAAUAAAUUAUCUAUUAUUUUUCAUUGUGUCACUGAUCUCGCUGGAUAUUAAAUCGAGUUUCCUUGUCUCGAAUACUCAGUCAAUCUGGUGGUGGCCAGGAUGGCAGUACUUACAAUGGAUCGGUCCGCAUACUGCUUUUCGACGCCUACCACCAACCUUUGCCUGCAAAGCUGCUUUAUGACGUCGUCGCCGCCGCCGCCGCCGGCGGAUUCAGUCGGCUCCUUAUCCAAGGAACCAGAGACGUCAAUGACAGAAUGUGGUACUGGCGCAGACCGCU